ACGUAAUCUGUACGUAAUUCAGCAAAAAUAAAAUUUUAAAGUUAAAAAUAUAAAACUUAUCAGUCUGUUUCUGAAACUUAUUUGCUAAAUCACCGAGCAAAAAGUAGUUUUAUGAAACAAUUUUCUUAAAAUAAAUAUUCUAGUUAUUAAAACGUCACUUCUAACAUCAUAUUUAUCAUGACACCUUUCGCAUAUUAACCAACCUUGAUUAUUUGUUACGUUUAUGGCGCAAGCACUUCUGGAGGGCUAGGUAUAUACGGCAUUGAGCUAGGACUUCACCAUGCUCCUCCCAGCAUCACUGCGGACUCUGGCGCGUCGCCCCCUCUCUACGUCAGCGCCUCUGGCUGCUGCCAGGAAGGGCACCCGUGAGCGAAAAAAGGCCAAGAUUGUCAAAAAGGAGGAGGUGAAGACUGAGUGGGUGCCACAGAGUGUGCGCCGAGCGCAGCUGCUGAGCCUGCAGCCCCGUGCCAACCGCAGGUUUGACCGGGAGCGGCUGCCGGAGCCCAUCGAUGACGUGUACGUGCGCAACUGGUUCCGCUGGCGAGAGCACGCCGUGGAGGAGGCGGUGGCCAUGCACCGGCAGACGCACCACCCGACCGUGUUCAACCAGCCGGAGGCGCUCAUGUUCGUCACCGCCGAGCUGGACAUGCAGCUGGACAAAAAGACGCGCUACGCGGACCCGGUGCGGCGCGUGGUGUCGCUGCCGCACCCGUUCGAGUACCGGCCGCCGCGCGAGGUGGCCGUCUUCUGUCAGUCGGCAGAGCUGCGCCAGCUGGCCGAGAGUCGCGGCGUGGCCGUGGUCGGCGGCACCGAGCUCAUCAAACAGUUCCAGAGCGGGGCCAUGGCCGCCGACCAGUUCGACUACUUCGUGGGCCACCCGGAGCUGGCGCAGGAGCUGCUGCCUAUCCGCGGCCUGCUGCGGCGCCGCUUCCCUUCCAUCAAGGACGGCACGCUGACCACCGAGCUGGGGGCCACCAUCGACCGGUUCCGGCACGGCCUGGAGCUCAGCUCCGAGCGCGACGAGCGCCAGCUCGACUUUGCCCAGGUGGUGGCGCCCGUCGGCCGCCUGCACAUGCCCGCCGAACAUGUGGCCGCUAACGUGGCGGCGCUGGUGGCCGACCUGGCGUCGGCGCGGCCGCGCGGCCACACGCGGCCCUUCGUGACGCGCCUGACCUCCUGGUGCCACCCGGCGCCGGAGCGACUCGACUUGCAGCUGCGGCCGCUACUGGAGGAGGCCGCCCAGGCCUGAGGGGCCGCUAGACCGGCGCGAUCUAACAUCACCGGGGACUGGGGAGGCCAGCCAACACUGGUCGGGUGUGUGACACGCAUGUGAUUGGUUAUUUUGGACGUGUGUAGCGCAGAGUUUUGUCCCAAUUGUACGUUAAGUUUGUAAUGUACUCUAGACCAAACAAUAAAUAAUGUGACAAUAGGUCCAUAA